UAGCCGAAUAGAGUGCUGCCCUCAUGAUUAUAAAUAUUAGAAUAAAAGAAGCGCUUUAAUUUUCCCAUAUGACAAAAUGUCGCUGGCAUUCUCAUCGGCUCGCCCUAGGAGUAAAGGGGAGGUGACACCGCAGACCAUUCAGAAGAUGCUGGAUGAAAACCACCAUUUAAUACAAUGUAUAAUGGACUACCAAAGCAAAGGAAAGACAGCUGAAUGCACACAGUAUCAGCAGGUCCUGCACAGAAAUCUUGUUUACUUGGCCACAAUAGCAGAUUCCAAUCAGAACAUGCAGUCAUUACUACCUGCUCCUCCAUCAGCCAAUAUGUCUAUAGGUCCUGGAGUGAUGGGGCAGAGCGGGUCACAUGCUCCAAGCAACCUCAAUGACAACAUGGCACCAGGGCUUCCUCCCACAUCAAUGAUGCAGAGCCAAAUAAGCAAUGGCCCCAGCCAUGCCCCAUGCAGCAGCAGCAGCAGCAGCAGCCGCCAGCAGCAGCAGUCUGGUCAGAUGCAGUCGUCUGUUCCCUCAGCAUCCCUCAGCAGCUACAGUAGCCAAGCCUCUGCCUCCGGCUACACCCAUGCUGCACCCUCCUCCCAGGGCAGCACGCUCCAGGGCCCCGGGCCAGGCUAUGGCUCUUGCUCCUCUUCUUCCUCAUCUUCCUCUUCUUCCUCUUCCCGCAGCAACCUCAACAUGCAGUCUAACCAAGUCACCAUGAUGCACCAACAGUCUGCCACUCCGCACUACUCCUCAGCCCAGGCAGGGGGGCAACACUAUCAGGGACAGCAAGCCAUGGGCAUGAUGGGUCAGGGCAGUCAAGGGAACAGUAUGAUGCCUCAGAGGCCCAUGGGAUCCUACCGCUCCUCACAACAAGGAUCUGCACAGCAGUUCAUGGGACAAGACGAGUUCUACGGAGAGCAGUAUGGACACACUCAGAGCUCCAGCGAGCCCAUAAACCAGCAAUAUUACCCUGAUGGUCAUGGAGAGUACUCGUAUCAACAGUCUUCGUAUGGUGAGCAAGGCUAUGACAGGUCCUUUGAUGACUCAUCACAGCAUUACUAUGAAGGAGGUAACUCUCAGUACAGUCAGCAGCAAGCUCAGUAUCAGCAGGGCUCUGGCCAGCAGCAGCCCUUCAGCCAGCAGCAGUACUCGUCUCAACAAGGCUACAGCGGGCAGCCACAGGGAUACGGUUCUGGACAAGGUGGAGCCUCACAGUAUUCUCAGUAUCAACAGAGUCCAAGCCAACAAUACGGAUCAUACCGCUCCUCCCAGGGAGCUCCUGGAGCACAGACGCAGAGGCCCUAUGCCUACGAGCAGGGUCAGUAUGGAAACUAUCAGCAAUAAGAUACCACAAUGUUUUCCAUUUGGAAGAAGCGAAAAAGGCAACGAUUCAACAGUGACUGACUCAGCUGUUGGGUAGAAGAUCUGGCUGCAUCAUAUUUAUUAUCCUGUCAUUAAUAUUUAUUCUAGCUAAGAAUAGAUCAUCUACUCAUAUGUGAUGCUCUCUUGAUUUUUUUUUGCUUAACACAGGGUUGUAAAGGGUAGCUGAAGGUGUGAAGCACUACUCUUGGUUCUGACAAAUAUUCAGGCUGCUUGUAGAGUUAAGAAAGUUCAUGUGAAACCUCCAUAAGAAACAAGGGGGGCAAAAAGUGAAACCUCAGCAAAUUGAACCUCCGUAUCCUUCUUUUGUUUAUGCCUUUGCCUUUCAUUUACCUAUAUCCUGCCUCCUGCAUUUAAUGUUUAUUUUUAAUUUACAAGCCUCUGUGCUGGUGCACAAAACAGGUCAGUGGAUCGUAAAAGCAAAUAGGAAGGCAGGAAAUAUCCCUUUAAGUUGAUCUAAUUGACUAGUGAAGCUCAAGCUGAGACACUGUUAUAGUCCAUGGUAAGAGAAAUUGAUUUAAUAAAGGUGAAAUCAUUGGUUUUAAACCUGACUUAAUCAGGGAGUUUGUCUGUGUUAGUCAAAAAGUGAUGUGUUGCUGUGUCUUCUAACAUUUUGUGCAUUCACUCUCAUGUCUUACAGUGUUCAUAGACACAUCCAGAAUUAUUCAUAUGUAUUAUUAUCCAUGAUAACCAUACACCAAGGUGGUAUGUUUUACAUUAUGUGUUCAUUGGAAAUUGCUUUGCAAAGACGUAUUGUUAUUGUGCAGAGAUCGAGAGUUUAUGUAAAUCUCAUUGCCAUUCACUUAUGACUUUACACACAUAACAUCAUGCCACUUUAUCAGCACUUUAUUUUGCAGUGACAGUGUAUGUAUCGUCUGAUAUUUUGAAUUGUAGUGUAAUUCAGGCUGUCUCUAACAAAUGAUCCUCAAGAAGCCAAAGUAUGACAGGGACAGAGCAGUAUCGGGUCCUGCACCUCAACUUCCGUUUUGUGCAAUACACUCAGUCAGUCAUGUUGGACUUUGAUCUUAUUAUGAAAGCACAACGUUUAUCAUUAUUUGCAUUUUCUUGACAGAAAGGCCAGAUAUAUGCUAGGGCUGGUUUAUUUACGUUGUCCAAGAGGUCGAAGUUUUCAACCAAUACAUCAAGUUUGAGGAAAAUAUUUUCUAUAUAAGUGUGAAUUAUGGAUUGAUUGUGUGACGCUUACUUGUGUGUUUAUUUCCAGUAAACAUUUUAAACAUCUUCUGUAUUAGAUGAAAAAAUAUUGUUAGAAAACAUAACUUUUUAAAAGUUUAGAAAAGGUAUUGAAGGUUAAUGUUUUAGAUAAAUGUACAUGUACAAGCAAACCUGCCUUAUUUAACACACAUACAUUACAUUUCACAUUUAUCUAUCUCUCUGACUAUCUAUCCUCAUCUGUCGGUCUGUCUUUUUUUUCUGAGGAAUCUUUCAUUAAUUUAUUUAGAUAAGAGAAAUCAAGGCUAAAGCAUCCCUGGACCUUCAUGUAACACUGUUAGUUACAGUUUAAUAAGCGUAUAAAGUAUUCUGUGAGUCCAGUUUUUCCAUAUAUUCCAUUUAUCUUAUCUUAAAUGGGUAAAGUAGCACAAUGGUUGCAGUCAUUUUGCAGGGUUAAUCAAGUAUAGACGUCUAGUGGCUGUCAAACAGCUAAACAACUGUACCACUCAACAGUGACAAUCACAUGCUUUUUUAUACUGCAUUAAUUUUGUAUCUGAGUUGCAUUCUACUGUGAAUCUAACAUGUAUGACACGUUUUCACCUCUUCUAUGGUCUAAAGUAUGUCGUCACUGAUGUGGGUGGUACGCCUUGUUCAUGUUUUUAUGUGUGUGUUUGUGUGUGUGUGUUAGUGUUUGUGUGUAUGUGAGAGGAAGAAAGAUGGACAGAGAGAGAAAGACAGUAUCUGAGUGGGAGGUUUGUUGCCCAUAAUCAAAACAUGAAUGUUACAUAUCUAGACUGCAUUGCCUGAUCUUUUCUGAUGUCUUUUGUUACUG